CACAGCCGACAGACACCGCCACCGACCGGUCGAGUGACCGUGGAAGCGCGUCGCGCCCGUCGCGCGCGCCAUGUGUGACCGGUCGAGGCGGUAGAGAGUGACCGGUGAAGUCGGGGUGUGAAGCGUCCGAAACGGUGGCGUCCGAUGGGAUGAGACAACACAGAUGUGUGCCAAGCCUUUGGAGACUAUGUGUUCUAUCCACGGCCAGUGGAGCCAGUGGACCUGUUUUGGAAAGGGAUGGAACGCAGAUGGAUCUCAACUUGGAGGUUCAGCCACUGGUUCUACUGCAAAAUGCAAGUUUCCCCGCCCCGUUGUGGCAGCUCAGCAACUCCAACUGCGGAUUCCUGCAGCAAGAUGGGUCCAUUUUCAUGAUCCGGGAUCCUUCUGAUAUGGAGAUAGCAGCCAAGCUGUUUUGUAGGCGCAUGGUCCUGACCAAUUGCACCAAGACAGCUGAUAUUGCACUCUUAUGUCCAAGCAGCUGCCCCUUUUUGGAGAUGAGUGCAUAUUCCAGCUGGGACGGAUUUGGGAAUCAUAUUCCUUGUGGAACCGCCUGUGUACCACCACAAGACUGUGGAGCGUACAGGCCUGACUUGCCCUUCCCCAACCCCGAGACCUUGAAGUGUGAAAGUUGCCCUUCGGAUGGAUGUGAAGAAUGUAACUAUGUCGAAAUCGAUGGGCAAGCGACGACCUUGCAAUGCACGCGAUGCAAAGAAGGCUUUGCACUCGAGAAGGAUGGUCUUUGCACAUAUCUUCUGGACAAGCUUCUUCUGAAGACCUACUUAGUACUUGGUGCCAUUCUUGGAAUCCUCUUGGCCAUUGCAGCAUUGCUCAGCAUCACUUGCAACAAGAACUCAGAAUCGCUGACGAGGGGUUUGGAACACCGUGAGAGAUGCUUGCCUCACGAUGUGGAAACCAAAGCGGCCAUCCCUGACCGGCAUGCAGCACCAGGAUCUGAGAUCUAUUACGCGCGAGCACCUUUGUACCCCUUGAACGUGAAUGUUCAUUCCCGCAACAUCGUGGGAGUCGGCCUGGCCCUUUACUACAACCACUUGAUUUUCGUAGGGGCUGUAGCAUUGAUUGGCUGGUCACUUUUGAGAUUCUCAGAAGGCUUGUUUGGCAUGCAGCAGUGGGAUACCUUGCAAUGUGGCUAUGGUGGUAAUGAAGAAUCCGAGGCCGCGGUAAUCGGCUAUGCCCGGAGGCGCGCCUUGAUUGCGCUCUUCCUGUGGCUGGCGAUUCUGCCCGCCUCCAUCAUCUUUGCGCGAUGGCAGGCAUCCGCCGCGCGCACCUAUGACCGGGUGCACACGCGAAUGGAAGACUAUUGCUUUGGUCUGUCAGGGCUUCCACCGGAUGCCACCAAUCCCGUGGAGCUCCAGAGAUGGAUCGAGGAGAAGUUUGGGCGGCCCAUCGAAGGGGUCUCGAUCUGUUACGAUAUCCGUGGCAAGACCAACUGCUUAGGUUUCAACAAUGGAGAGCUGCGUCAUCUGAUCGUGAAGAAACUCGACGAGCACUUGCAGCAGCAGGAGGAGACUUUCACUGCUGCCUUGGGUGUGCCGGGCAGCCGGCGGCGGACGGUGCGACAUUCCCCAAGCAAGCUGCCUGCCCUCCUAGAGGGCGAGGAGGGCGACGAGACGUCUUUAGAUCCUUCCAGCACUCAGACGUGGUUGUCGGAGAUGAGAUGUAGUGGUGAAGCCUUUGUAGUGAUGAAACAGGAAGCAGAUGUGGAAUCCUUCUUUUCCAGUUGGGACCAGCCAAGGGGCUUGCAACGCACCGGCUCCUUCUUUUCCUUCCACGACGGCUCGCCGGUGCCCAACGCACUCUCGCCGUCGUCUUCCACCAAGAAGACCCGCCGGGACCGCAGCUUCCGCGGCUGCGAGCUGGAGAUCCGCGAGGUCACCAGUGAGCCCACGUCGAUCAUCUGGGAACACAUGGGCACCACCCAUCUCCAACUGGCCGUUCGGAUUGGCAUCGGGCUCAUCGGCUUCCUGCUGGCGAUUGCGGUCUUCUACGGCGGGGUGUAUAUUCCGCUCACCACCUCCGUGGUGCGCUACGCCCAGAAAGCCGGCAAACCGCCGUCGCCCUUUCAGACAUCUGGCUUGGGAAUUGUGGUUGGCGUUGGCAACAACCUCAUUGCGAACCUCUUGUGGCUAGGCGUGCCGUGCAUUGGCUUCAAGCGAAAAGAUCAAGCUGAUAUAGUAACCUUUGCAGCGCGAACCUUGCUCGUUCUGUUGAACACCUUCAGCCUGGUUCUGCUCACCGCGCAAAAGCUCGCGGCAGUGGGGCAACCUGAGAAAAAUAUGUUUGCUACAGCUGGAAGAACGCUUGAAAGAUCUGCGGAGCUAUCGCGAGAAGCCUCUCUUGCAGAUGCAGUCUUGAAAAUGUUCCUCACAGGGACUUUUUCAUCGUGUAUCUUCUCCUUCUGCUUUGUCCCAUUGACUCUUUGGCAGGCCGUGUUUGUGAUCCGCACGGGGUUGAUGGGUUCAUCGAUGUCGGGCCGUGAUUGUGAGAAGAUGCUCCAACCGGAUGAGAUUUGGUUGCCUUGGGACUAUGCUAGUCAUAUUCAGCUGACCUGCUGUGCAUUCUUCCCUCUGGUUCUGGCUGAGCCACCAGGCUCAUGUGCAUCCCGGGUCUUAUGCGCUGCUUUGGUCCUGUGGUGCUGCGUGAUGUAUUGUGCGCAGCGCAUCAUCCAUUUCAGGGCAUCAAAGGAGACCUUCUUCACCACUCCUCGGCUAGAUAAAGCGGUCUUGGCUGGUUGGGCACUGCCCGUCUCGCAGCUUGCGGUGACCUCUGCUGCGUGGGUUUGUAGAGCCUUGAAGUUCGAGCUGAUCGCCUCGAUCCCGAUUUGUGUGGCCACCUUCCUGGCCAGCUGUGCGUUCUAUCUGUUCUUGCUGUCCAAGGCUCUGAACCACCACCACAGCAUUCGUUUCCUCUACGCGACUAGAAGCGAGUCGUACAAAGCAGCACUUGCCAGACUUCGCUAUAGCUACUUCAACACCAAUCCCAUCCAUGUGCUCAUGGCCCAGCACUCGCCAGAAGUUGGCCUGCAGCCGACCACCUGGUAUGAGGCUGGAAAGUCCUACUUGCAAGCAGUUGAUCCCAAGAAGGAUGCUCGAUUGGAAGCCUCUCGGGCCCUUGCAGAACAGGCAGAGGACACUCAAAAGCGUCCAAGAUCCUUUGUGUCCCGCAUGGUCUACAAGGCUCGCGUUUGGUUUACUGGAGCACCGAAGCAUGCAUACCAAGCUCUUGAUGAAACCAUUGAGACCGAGUAGUGAGAAGACGUGGCUCCUCGUGGCAGCGCAGCAUGUCGUGGCGCGUCCUUGGACUGCGCCAACAGUGCGAGAAGAGCAGCGAAAAGGGUGCGGCGCCGCUUGGCGCGGCGGUCUGGAUGUGCCAAAGACCAAGGGCUGAAAUGUUGUUAACGCUAUUUAAAGCUGAAAAGGUUUGCCUGAAUAUGUACUGUUUCAAUUUUGUGACCGCAAAGCUCCAAAAGCACCACUUUGAAAUCAUUUGCAAUUUUCGGCGCAGGUUGGUGUUGGAAGCUUACUGGAUAUGUUUUUCUUCUUCUUUCGGUAGAAUGAUGUUAUCAAUGAAGUCGACUCCAUGUGGCGGCACCGCGGCUGGCAGGUGGGACGCCUGGAGCCGCGCUGGGCGCUACUCAGCUCAAGCGUGUGGCGCCGUGCGGCGCUGGACUCGUCUUCGAGGCAGCACCUCAAAGCGUGCUGGUUGGCCCGGAGGCUGAGGAAAAACAAGAACUGUGCGAUGGUUUGAGGCAACCUGUGGAGGGAGAAGAGAUGAUGAUUUUACUUGUGAGCUGUUUGAAGAUGUUCGAAGUGGUAUUCGAGACCCAGAAUCUGGGCAUGUGCUGGGUGAAACGGAUCACCCAGGACAGCCUUUACAAUGCUUUUCUCCUUCGCUUAGCACGAGGAAUACGUGAAUGCUUGCCUGACCUUCGACACAGGAAGCCUUCCUUUGUUCCACGGGAAGCGAGCGUGCCAAAAAGGUGCUGGUGUUGCAACAACGAAGCUCUUCGGUGCAUUGUUGGCACGUUUUGGGAGACUCUUUUUCGAUCCGCUUGACCGGAAUGCUCCGCUUGACCUCAUCUUGCAGCUGUGAG